AUGCCUGACCCGGUACCUAUCCCAGAGGGUUAUGCGGGUAAUCUAACCACUAUCCAACAAGAGAAACUUCUACAAUUUUGGAAAAUCAUCCAGCAGUCCUGGGAUUCAAGCCUGACUGGUCCAGAUACAGAUGCCACCUCACUGGCAUCAGCAGGCUCCAAAACAAGAACUCAUCGACGAUUCUUCUCGUUUAGUCGAUCCGCUACUCAACCACUUGAUCAAGAGAUCUCUGCUAUUCCACCUAAUCUACUUGUCUCGCUAAAGAGACUAGGAGCGGGGCCCAAUGAUCUUAAAGCUAUUCAUUCCCUCUUAACCAAGCUCCCUGGUGAGAACCUACGUACGGCUUUCUUGGCUAUGUUGAAACAAGAUCACCCGGAUGCAUUAUGCCUCCGGUUUCUUCGAGCAGAGAAAUGGGAUGUGCCGAAAGCAUGGAUCAAGCUUGUUCGGUCGCUUAAUUGGCGCGUGAAUGAGUACCAUGUCGACGAGGAGGUUCUCAUGAAGGGUGAGGGAUAUGCGAUGGAGAAAUCGACAUUGGAGGAAAAUUCGACUGAAAAGAAAGAUGGCGAGGGUUUCAUGCUGCAGUUAAAUACUGGGAAAGGUCAUUUUCAUGGUGCGGAUAGAGACGGUCGUCCUAUCUGUAUUGUUCGGGUUCGGACUCAUCAGCCUGGGACCCAGACGGCGAAGGGACUGAAUGAUUAUAUUGUGCAAUGUAUUGAGACAGUGCGCAUAUUGAUGGUUUCGCCUGUGGAGUCAAUGGCUAUUGUUUUUGACUUGACUUCAUUUUCUCUUUCAAAUUGGGAACUUGCCCCCGUUAAAUUCAUUAUCGAUUGCUUCCAAGAGAAUUAUCCCGAAUCUCUAGGCGCCAUGAUUUUCUAUAACGCACCCUGGAUAUUCUCCGGAUUCUGGAAAAUCAUCUACGGCCUUCUGGAUCCCGUAGUUGCUUCGAAAGUCCACUUCAUAUCUGGUGCUAAAGAGCUAGAAACCCUCGUCGCACCAGAACACAUAAUCAAGGAACUUGGCGGCGAAGAAGAUUGGGAGUGGGAGUACAUUGAACCGCGAGCCAACGAGAACGAAAAACUCCGGGAUGCCACUACCCGAAGCACAAUUCUGGAAGAGCGAAACAAGUUAGCGGAUGAUUUAUUUCGUUUGAAUGCGAAGUGGAUCACAAGUUCUCAUGAUGAACUCUGGAAUGAGCAGAGAGACUCGGUUAUAAAGCAGCUUUCUGAGAAUUACUGGAAGCUUGAUCCUUAUGUUCGCGCUCGAACGGUUCUAGAUCGCACGGGAGUUAUUCAGGAGGGUGGGAAGAUUGACUUUUACCCCACUCAAGCUCCUAAGACUGAGCCUCAAAGCGAGGUUGAGGUCGAGGUUGAAGUUCAAGUUGAACCGAAGGUGAUUGUGGAAGAGACGAACACUGCGCAAGUGGCUGCUGUUACGGCUUGA